AUAAGGCGUAAGGGCAACGACGCAGGCCCCCAUGACCCACUUCAACAACCUGAAUGAAAUUAAAUCUUCGGACGAGUACCAUGUCUGAGGACCCUAAUUUCAUGGAAUCUACUCUUGUGCAGCACAACUUGUACCAGUGAUUAUCAAGCUUUCUGCGUGGUCGUUGAGGUAAAUCGAUCGGUGGUCGGGUGAGAGCGAUGUUGGACACAUGCAAAGUGUUCUUCCUCCGCUCUGCACCCGAAGCGGUCACUGGCAGCUACAACAACACUGCGUGACCUGGGUCCACUCCGAACCAAAUUUCACCAGGCCUCCCGGUGAUGGCAGCAUACUACGCCACUCCUUCAAGUUCCAUAGUUGCCCACACCUCUGCCUUACAACCCUAUGGGCAAUGCUCUGAGCUGAGCGUUCCAAACCCAAACGUUAGCGUCUAUGAUUUACCAACGGACUCCGAAAAUGAAGCAGAGGUGGAUGAACUGGAGUCCGACACAGAUCCCGAAGACGAGCUCGCCGCAAGCGCCUCCGCCAACCAGAAGAAGAGCGGACGACGGCUUGGGGAACGUGUCCCCGGGACAACUCUACUCCCCCCUUCCAGAGUAGAGAACAUAGUUCAACCGGAUACCAGCAUUACGAUGUCGAAGGAGGCGCUGUUCGUUUUGUCGGUUGCAACAGAGGAAUUCAUAAAACGAAUGGCCCAAGCUGGCCACAGACAGGCGGCAGCAAAGCGUCGAGGGACUGUAAAUUACUCAGAUUUGGCGUGUUCCACUCAACAAUAUCAAGAGUUCAUGUUCUUGCAAGACACCAUACCUGAACCGAUAUCCUUAGCAGAGGCACUUGACAGACGGGCAAUGAAGGAGAAGGAAGACUUGGAGGCCAAUCCAGCGAUGUCCACCACCCACCGACAGUCACCUCCUUUCAUAACAGUAUCUGCACCCCACUUAAAUGGGAAGCCAAAAGCCAAGCCAAGACCGUCAGUCACUAAUGGCAGAGAAACGUCAAGUGCAAGUGCAAACGGAAGCUCUAGGAGAGAGCAUAGACGGAACGAGGAUGGGAUGGAUGGUGUUGUGUCAAGAAGCCGGAGCACGAGAGUUGCGCAUGAGGAUCGUUAUGCCGGACCAGAAGAGCACGCGUCAAGUGAUGCGGGCAAUGAAACAGGUGUACAUCAGGCGGCUCCAUCACCGAGGCAUCCAACCUCAGGCCUCCAGGACACAGGACGGUCACCUCACGAGUUUGCACCCAACUGGCCUGGCCAUUACACUGGCCCCGCAAGCGGCUUUCUGCAGGAUGCACAUGGAGGGUUUAGUCGAGGAAUUGCUAGUCAGAAUCCCGGGCGUACUAUUUACUCACAGCAAUCACGUCCAGAAAAUGGAUCGUAUCAGUAGCAUGUGCUGAAUUGGCUAGUAUAUUUCUUCGACGCGAGUAGAUUGUCCUACUUAGACUUAUCCGCGUUACUGUAACCUUAUCUUAUCUUCAACGAACUAUUUGGCACAGCCAUUCACAUUC